UCCUCCUCCUCCUCCUUCAGCACAUCAUUGGGUAAGCUCUGCCGGGGUUUGUGUUUUCUAUAUGAAUAAACAGCUGUGUGCCUCUCAUGGAUCAGCUUAACAUAAACAUGGCAGCAGAGUGAAGAAUAGACCUAUUACACCCGCGGACAUUUUGAAAAUACGUGCUUUUCUGCUUCUGAAUCUACUCCUUUGCGGCCCAGCUGGUUAGUCUUCAGCCUGUGAAGCCUGCAGGUUCAGAGGGCUCGGACUCCUCUGAAUGAUGACUGAUUCAGACACUUCAUCCUCAUCUGAUCCUUUGCUGCACAAACCGCACACUCCUCUCCCACUCUCUUUGCCUUUUCUGAGAGGGGGCAGUCAUGUUUGGGAGAGGAAACCGCCACAAGCCGGGGAGCCACAUAGUCCACUUCCUACCAAGCGCAAUCGCUCCUACUCUGCAACUGUGAGGUCCAGGUCUGGCCCAGUUUUCAAGGGAGUCUGCAAGAACUUCUCUAGAUCUCAGGGACAUGGUUUCAUCCGACCUACUCAUGGAGGCGAGGAUAUAUUUGUUCACAUCUCAGACAUUGAGGGUGAAUAUGUACCAGUGGAGGGGGAUGAGGUGACCUACAAAGUGUGUCCUGUUCCACCGAAGAAUCUGAAGUUCCAGGCUAUAGAGGUGGUAAUCACUAACCUUACACCAGGAACAAAGCAUGAGACAUGGUCUGGACAAGUUUUCAGCUCAUAGCUCAGACAUUACUCUUGCUAGAAUGAAUAACAGAAGUUUGGGCAGGACGAAUUCUGACAUGGAGAAGGGAAAUACAGUGUUACAAAAUAGCUGAAGGCAUUAAAUAUCUUUAUAUAUAUUUACUAACAUAAGCUUGAAAUGGUGUUAUGUGUAAGUAGGUUAUGGAUGGAUUUGGGGUCGUGUAACUUCUGGGUCUUUAGCUUGGCAAAUAUGUGCUAUAAACUAUUUGGAAGGUGGUGUAACUAACUGGAGUUAGAAGUUAGUUUGGCAGGACUGACUGAGCUUUUAAAAUAGCAGUAGAAGUUAUAUAAAAACAUAAAGUCUCCAUCUGGAUAGCAUUGACUUUGUCUGUAUUUAUUUAUUUAUUUAUUUAUAUUUUAGGGUGAAGUUGAUUUCAUUAUUUCGGUGCAUUGUUAUUACAUACUACUGAGACUACUGACACCCAAAAUGUUAGUGUCAUGUGGACGAACAGUAAUAAUUAUAUUCUUAAUAAUCAUAGAACAAAUGUUAAAUUUCUGUAAGUGGAAAUUUUAAUUACCUUACCUCACAGUUAGGGGUGGACAAAGUACUGAGAAAUUAUACUUAAGUGACAGUAUAUAUAAUGUGUCAAAAUCUUACUCAAUUAAAAGUUGAACUAUUCUGCCAAAAAAUGCAAUCAAAUGAAAGUUAAAUAGUUGCUACUUAGGGCCAGGGGUGCGCAUGCUCAAGUAACACAGUGCAACAGAUUAUCCAUAUUCAGACACACAUGGUUAGCUAUAGCACUAACUACAUUGUGUAACACAAUAAGGUCGAGGUUUAUAACAAGUACUUUGUAGGUCUAAAUAAAAAUGUAUGGAGGAAAAAUUUAGUUUUUUUAUUGAAAAUGUAAUCGGGUAAGAGUACAAGUAUUCAAUUUCAACAACAAUCAAGUAUAAAUACACCAAAAUAAUACUUAAGUAUAGUAAGAAAGUACAACUACUCAAAUAUUGUCUACCCUUGCUCAAAAUAGUGAAUUUUUUUUUUAAGAACAUUGGAAAUGCUCACAAACCUCAUCCAUCUGAUAAUGGGCUGUUCAUUAGUGAAAAGCAUUUUGACAUUGCAUUGUCAGUGUCCUCUUCUGUAAC